GUUGGCAAAAAUCAAAACACCCAGGAGGUUUUCCACUUUGAAUUUCGGUAUUACAAUCCGUGGACGAGGGCGUUCACCGUGUAUAUUUUUCAAUCUUUCCUUGUAUACUUUCCCAUCUCGCUUAAAAAUUACUCCCGAGCCAUUUCACACGAAUGGCAUAUUCACCCCCAAAAGCGUUCCGUAAUACCAUGGGCUACUCACUUUUUACAUUUUCGCUCAAAAUCUGCUUUACGUAAUAGAUCCCCGCUUACUGAAAAUCUAGGAGUGGGGGGUGCAACGCGAGGUCUAGAUAUAUAUAUGGUCUAAGGCGCGCACUCGGCCGGCAGAGCGGAGGGGGCGCCUCGGUCUCGUCUCGGUAGGCGGUCCGCCGUGGCCAGGCCAGGCCACGGAGUGGGAAGAGGGCAAGAGGUUUGACUUUAGACCAGUCAUCGGCCGCCAGUACCGCCAGUACUCGUCCAUCCGGCCGUCCAAGCGCGUCUCGCCGCCGUCCUAGCUCGCAGUCGGAGCCCGAACCUCAGCCGUCGCCUCCCAGGCGGAGAGUGGAAAGGUGUCCGCGCGUGCGGUGCCUCCGGUCAGUUGCGCGGCCCUCCGGCCGGCCGGCCGAAACCGAGUUAACCCGCCUCCAAGAUCGGCGAGUGCCGCGCACGCCGCAGGCGGGUCGUCGUAGCAGCUCGCCCCGCGGGUCCGCUCGACGGGAAUUAUGUGGGAUACCCUCGCGGGACCGAGAUCGGCCACGAGUCAAGUCAGCUGACAUAUUGCGCCCUGCUACGCCGCAGCUCCCGCCAGGUGAUUUCGUGGUGACACCCGGUCGCGGAGGAUCGUCCGGAGAGAGGGCCGCCACGACGGAGACCCUGCUUCGUCUACUCGGCACCGCUGCGACUCACAGCCAUCCUUGGAGGCGGUAAUCGCGGAUCGGACCGUGUUGGAUCCAGCCCGUUACUCCUCGUUUUGGAGCAUUCGUCGAGUGUACUGGACAACGAGAGAGAUGGAGCGUGAGUCGAAUCCCAUGCAAGCCCUGUGCCGCAGUGGGUGCGGAUUCUAUGGUUCGCCGGCCACAGACGGCCUCUGCUCGCUCUGCUACAAGGAAAACUUGAAGAAGAAGCAGCAGCCACCGGUCUCCACCGCCCCGGUGCCCACCUCGCAAACCGCCUCCGGUAACGCCGGAACGUUGCAGAGCGGUUUUGGAAACCCUGCCUCUACGGGCACCACGGCCCAGCCUACCAUUCCUACCAUCCCACAGCCCACAACGGAUUUACCCAACCCCAAAGAGAUAAACAGGGACGAGCAGGAAGGCGAAGUGGGAGUCAGCGGUGGGACGGCGGAGGGCUCGGUCAGCAGUGGGGAUGCAGACGACUGCUUCGACGGAAAGGAGAGCGACAAGGAGUCCAAAAAGAAUAAAAAUCGCUGUGCCGUUUGUCGCAAGAAAGUCGGCUUGACUGGAUUCGAGUGUCGCUGCGGAGGACUCUUCUGCUCCGUGCACCGGUACAGUGACAAACACGAUUGCAAGUUCGACUACAGGGAAAUGGGCGCCCAGGAGAUUCGGCGCAACAAUCCGGUUGUUGUUGGUGAAAAAGUGCAAAAGAUUUGAACUAUUUAGUGUGUAGUCGUUGGGAAAAAUGGUUAUAUAACUAUAUAAACAAGACAAAAUAUAAAAAAAACACACACACACAAACACACAGACACAGACACGGAGAAAACGAGAUAAAAUUAUCUGGCAGCUGAUUGCACAUCGCGGGGCAGGGCGGGGCGGGGCGGGAGGGGGGACGCGUAGCGCACGAGCGAGUGAAAGCGAGAGAUCGAGCGAGAGAGCGAGUGCGGCCGCGAGAGGGGUGGGAGGAGGAUGGACGUAUCCGCGACCGCGCGGACCAGACGGAGAAGGCGAAGGGGGGGCGACACGCGGUACGAAUGAUCAGAAGCCUGGGUGCCAGUGCCAUUUUAGAUUGUCAUCUUAGCGCGCGCGGGAGAGAGAGAGAAAGAGAGAGAGCGAGAGUGGGAGAGAACGAGAGCGAGCGAGUGCGCGAUAAACCACGAGAGAAUGAGACCGAGCGAAAGCGAGAACGAGAGCGAGCGAGCGAGCGAGAGAGAAACAAAUUAUCUGGUUACUAAUUGCUGCCAGCUUACUACUACUAUUACCUAUUAUUAUCUUUAUGAUUAUUACGGUUUACUAUUAUGAUUAUUCUAUAUUACGUUUAUUAAUUUACUUAAAGGAGGGAAGAAGGAAAGAUACGAGCCGGUGGAUUCGUGGAGAGAGAAAAGAGGGGAGAGAGGGGGACGAGAUAGGCAGCGCGCGCGCAUCUAUUUAAGCGGACGAAGCGGAAUUCCUGGUGCAGUCGGUCAGUCGGUCGGUCCGAAAUAUAUCUCCUUUUUCGAGAGGGGCCGAGAGGAGGAAACCGCGAUAGAGACGGAUCGACGCGAGAGGGGGGGCGAGAGAGACCAUUUGAAUCCCGAGAGAGAGAGAGCGAGAGGGGGGACACUGAAAACAGAGAGAGAAAGAGAGAGACUCACACGCGACAGUGACGCGCGCGUUACUCGGCGACGAAGGGGAGAGAGAGAGAGAGCUUCAGAACGCGCGAGGAACGGAGAGAAAGAAAUAUAUACAUAUAGAUACACAUAUAUAUAUAUAUAUAUUUGUGUGCGUGUAAAUACAUGUCCGACCCCCCUUUUUCUUCCCUCGCGUGUCCCGGAUCCCGAGGAUCCCCCGGGACCUCUCGAAGAGAAUCCUGGAGAGGGAGGAAGGGAGAGAGAGAUAGAGAGAACGGCGUGAGAUGGAGGACCGAUGAUGGUGCGCGUCGAGUCGAGGGGUGGGGAGUUUUUUUGUUUUUUUUUUGUUUUUUUUUUCUUGACGAUGACUGACGUUGAUGGGUGAUCACAAUUCUUAGGUUUACGAUUAGUCUAAUUCUUAAGUAUACUAGCCGAUUGAUUCGUAAAUAAUGCAAUGAACUAUAAGUAGUACUGUGUGUUUAUGUCCAAUCUCACGAGAAUAUAACGAGCAUUAUUACUCAUUAAAGGAGACGCUGUUUGAUUGAGCA